AUGGACUGGAUUACUUUGAUCCUAUCUGUGAUUGUUGUGGUAAUUUCAUUUCAUCUUAUUUUUGCUGAAAACAACCCGUACGCUCCCCCGUGUAUUAGAGGAUGGAUUCCUUGGUUUGGAGCGGCUUUUGAAUUUGGCAAAGCACCCCUGUAUUUCAUCGCUCAAGCAAGAGCCAAGUAUGGACCAGUAUUCACUGUUUAUGCUGCUGGGAAGCGCUUGACUUUUGUGACCUUACAUGAAGACUUCCGAACAUUUUUUAUGUCCAAAGAUGUCGAUUUUGAGCAGGCUGUACAGGAGCCAGUGUACAACACAGCAUCCAUUAGCAAAGGUAGCUUCUAUAAGUUCCAUCCGGCCUGUAAUGCCCUCAUCAAAGGCAGACUGACUCCAGGCAACACAGCUCUCCUUGUCAGUGACCUUUGUGAGGAGUUCAACCAGCAUUUAGAGCUUUUGGGUGACAGGGGCUCACAGCAACUCAACGAACUUGUCAGGAGUGUCAUGUAUCCAGCAGUCAUUAGUAACCUCUUGGGCAAAUGUAAUGCUCCUGGAACUCCGCUCUCCAGGCAAGAGUUCAAGAAGAAGUUUACCAUUUACGACGAGGGCUUUGAGUACGGCUCCCAGCUCCCCGACAUAUUCCUGAAGGAAUGGGCAAGUUCCAAACAAUGGCUUCUGUCCCUGUUGGUAAACAUGGUGAACAAAGCUGAGGAAAACACUUAUAAUGAAUCAGGCAGCAAGACAUUACUGCAACACCUCGUUACCACCAUAACAGACAAAUUUCUGCCCAAUUACGGACUCCUGAUGCUCUGGGCCUCACUGGCCAAUGCUAUACCAAUCACUUUUUGGGCCCUUGCCUUCAUCUUAUCCAAUCCAACAAUAUAUGAGACAGCUAUGGGCCAGAUCACAUCUGCACUAAAGGACAAAGACAAGCAGAAGACGCACUUGUCCUUGGACAACCUUCAGCAGAUGCCCUACGUAAAGUGGUGUAUAAUGGAGGCCAUUCGGCUGAGGGCCCCAGGAGCUGUUACCCGUCGAGUGGUUCGACCUCUCCGACUUCAGAACUACAUCAUCCCACCUGGCGACAUGUUAAUGAUGUCUCCAUACUGGGCCCAUAGGAAUACAAAGUACUUUCCUGAGCCAGAGGAGUUUAAGCCUGAACGAUGGGAGAAGGCAGAUUUAGUAAAGAAUGUUUUCUUGGACGGCUUUGUGGCAUUUGGAGGAGGCAAAAACCAGUGCCCAGGAAGGUGGUAUGCCAUCAUGGAACUACACAUGUUUGUGGCACUAAUUCUCUACAAGUAUGAAUUCACUUUGUUGGAUCCAGUGCCUAACCCGAGUCCUUUGCAUCUGGUGGGGACGCAGCAGCCAGAGGGGCCCUGUAGCGUACAGUACCGACAUAGGUAG